CGUGUUUUAAGUUUCGUGUUGAUGACGAUAAAUAGUGAAAUUCUCAUUACAUUCGUGCUUUUUUUAUCUUCUUGAAAUCGUGUCGGCCUUAUUUCCGAGUUGCGGUGGCUCAGUGCUGCUGGCAAAAUGGCUGGAGUGCUAUGGCGUCGAUCGCUCCCGUUGACAGUAAUUUUUAGCCUCAUAUUAAGUAGUAUUCGGGCUGAACUUUUCACAGCUGUUGUGGAGUUGGAGAAUCUUGUAUACAGAGAACGAGAAAUGAGAUUCGAAUUGGAGAGAUAUCUUAGUUUAGAGCAAGAGCGAUUGUCCAAACUCAAGAUGUUUCUCACGAAAGUUAAUGCGGCUCAUGAACUGGUCGGUGACGAUGUUUCCCGUUAUUUGGGACAUCCUGUGAACUCUUAUUUAGAAAUCAGGAGAUUUUAUAAAGAAUGGCCUGAGGUUGAGAGAUUAAUUCAGCUGGACAAUUCGGAGGGUAAGAUUUAUCUCAUGUAAAAUUACGCGCGUUAUUAAUUAGCUAACGUAAAUGCUCAUUUGGUAAGCUUUUACUAAUACAGUGAAAUUAGCCUAUCAUUUCUAUACAACUCUGUUGGUUAUUGAUCGUUUCGUACUUAUCGGACUUCCUUUGAAUUUGCUCAUCGAUCAGCUGCUGAAAUAUGUUAAUUAUCCUUAUUUACAAAAACAAUGAACACUCUCAUGUCGAUUCUUCACUAAUCAGUGCAGUGUUAACUAAAAUUCAUUUCUUUAAGCUUAGAUAAUCGUUUAGGUAAUUUCCCCAAAUUAAUAAAUUUAAUAAUGCAUGGGCAAUUUGAAACGUUUUGAACGCUGCAAUGUAUUAAAAAAUCACCAAAGUUAUUAUCUUAGUUUCGUUACACCAUCUUGCAUACGUGUCAAUUAUUCCGUUCGCUGAAAUUAAAACAAGGCUUGACAACAUAAGGGUAACUUUAAUAGCAACUGAGUCUAGCCGUCUAGCUGAAUCUGGCGAAUGAAUUCUUCACAGACACCCUAUUUAAGACGCUAAUAUUAGUGAAACUGAGGUUACAUGUAUGUCCCUAACAUGGCACCAGAUGAAUUUUCGACCCGUUGAAAAUUCUUGUGUCUAGAUGUUCCUUUCAUAGGGAACUACCUUUUAGAUGCCUAGCCAUUGAAAGUUUUGUGUGAUCAGAGUGAAAAUAUGGUCCCUUGUGAAUUAAGUGUCCAGUCAAAUUUUUCAGCCAGCGAAUAAUUUGUUCGGUGCCAUUAGUUGAAUGACCCUGAAUACAUAUAGACAAAAGGACCUUGAAGACUGUUAACUCCGUUUGCCCCAACUCCCCCCUGGCUUCCUGGGGUCCAGGAGGUACUUCAACUACAGUGAAACCAGUAUUAAACGGACACCCUCGAGGAAUGCUGUAGUGUCCGCUUAAUACAGGGUGUCCGCCUAAUACAGGUUUCAAUAGAUAACGUCAUAUGAGGUGUCAAAUGCCACUCAAAUGAACAGGGGAAACGUUUAGAAUACUCCCAGAGACUAUGACGAUAUACAUUUGCAUAAAUUUCUUUUUUUAAGUGGACCAGUUGAUCAAAGUACCAUAAACAUAGAUUGCAACUCAAAGUUGAAGAAGGAUGAGUGAAACAAUCUCUAUACAAACAAAACAAAAUAGAAAACAAUACUGUACUGUGAAACUCAUCAAAUAAGUUCGUCAAGUCAUGUUUUUUAAUGUAAAAAUUGAAAAAUUUGUAAAUGGCAAUCUUUCGCUUUUCCGGUGUCUGGCAUGUUGGGUGGUGAAAUUUAAUUACACUAAUAAUAUUAGUGUCCGUUUAAUACAGGUUGGUAACAAUAGAAAUAACCAUUUCUGGUACUUUUUAGGUGUCUGCGUCCGGCCAAUAGAGGUGUUCGCUUAAUAAAGGUUUCAUUUAAAGUAAAUAAGGGAAAUAUAUUUAGGGACUUCGGCUAUUGUCCGCUUAAUAGAGGGUGUCCACUUAAUAUGGUGUCCACUUGAUAAUUUCAUAUCUCCAUUAGAAUUGAUUAUGCAAUCAGUGCACUGUGGCCCCUGGCGCCCAACUUUCGCCCCUGGCGACUAGAAAUUCUUAGAUUUUUAAUAGAAAUCAUUACCCUGCGAGCAGAGUCUCCUUCGACCAACUUCGAAGGAGACUCUGCUCGCAGGGUAAGAAAUCAUAUGCUAGGCACCCAGGAUUUCACAGGUUCAUAGCACUGGGCCCCCUUCAGGUUUUCUUAGAGCACAGCCUUGUGCAAGUUGAGGAGUUUAAAGCUCCUGUCAAGAGGCAAUGGCUGAUUCAUUCUUUGCACUUCUCUUAAUAUUUAUAGAAUAUUUUAUCAGGUUGUUCUUUUCCUUGUAGCUGUGAGCGAUGCGAUAGCAAAGCAUAAAGAAUCUUUCCCAUCUAAAGAAGACUAUGAUGGUGCAAUCACUGCACUUCUGCGUCUUCAAGAUACAUAUCAACUUCAGCCUUCAGCAUUUGUUCAGGGCAAGUUGCCUGGCUCUGUACCCUCACCAAAAAUGCAUUUGAGUGAAGUUUACGAUGUGGGUCGACAUGCAUAUCUGAACAGCGACAUGUUUUACACCAAGUCCUGGAUGGAUGAGACUUUAAAGUUGUACCAUGCAGGAAAUGAGCUUGAGGAUGUAAACCUGUUUGACAUUUAUGACCAUCUCUCAUUUUCAGAGUACAAGGUAAUAUUUUAUUAUGAAGACAGUGGUUUUUUAUUCUUGUAAUGAAUAUUAAUAUACUAGUUUUGCAAUUCCAAUAAUUAUUACUCAUGUACAGUGUAAAUGUUAUAAUAUUGUGUAGUUCCAGAAACUAUCCAACCCCCCCCCCCACUUUUGCUUUAGAUCCUCCACCCCCUUUGAAUUUCCAUUCCAGGGGGUGCUUGUCACAUCCCCUCCCCCACUCCCUGUAAUUUCCAUAAAUUUUCAACUUGUUUAGGACCCUCUGGCAAGAAUAUUUGUGUCAUAAAUGUUGUUGCACGAUGUUAUUAAGUCACACACUCAAGAUACAUUUAUCUUCGAACUUCGUUGCCCUCCAUGAGGGAGGGGGGUAUGGAUAUUUUGUGGAACUACACUUUAUUGAAAAGUCCCUUGAGCAUUUGCAUUGUAUUUUUGGUACAACAGUUACACCACAAAUACUUCCUCUUCAGGCAUUGCUCUCUGAGAAAAAAUUAGUUUUAAUGGAGCCCAAAAGCAUAAACUGUUGAAAUCCAGGGUGCUGAGGAUAUGUAUUUGGAGCAAACAAAAAAGAUUUCCUGGUCACCCCAAGGCAAAAGUAUAUUACGACCAGGAUCUGCCUGUUCGGUAUUCAAUACGGGCCAAAAAUAUCUGACUAGAAAUAAAUUCUGACCAGUACUGGUAAGUUGAGAAAAUACCAUACCGUAAAAUUCCAAAAAUAAGCCCCUCUGUGUAUAAGCCCCUCCAAAUAUAAGCCCCUGAAACUCGUAAUGCAAAAAACCCUCUGUUAAAUCGCCCCUCCAAAUAUAAGCCCCCCGGGGGCCUGUAUUUGGAAAUUGCCCUCAAAUACAAAGUAAAACAAAGCAAAAACGGUAAAUUUACUUCCAACUAUAUAAGGCUAGCCCGAUCGAUUUUGAAACACAAAUUUCCCUCCCGUAGAUAAGCCCCUCCGAAUAUAAGCCCCUCCAAAAAUAAGCCCCUCAAAAAGGGCGCUUGAAAAGUAUAAGCCCCAGGGCUUAUUUUUGGAAUUUUAUGGUAGUCCUGGUGCCAGUGACAGGCAUUUUGGCAAUCAUCGAAGACAUUUUAGAAGAAAACAUAUUGUCAGUUGAUGGUAUCAGGAAACUUUUAUAAGUUGUUGCAUCGUUAUGGUUACUGACUGUGUCAUUGGUCACUUGUCAAUCAUGUCAUUGGCUUUUAAGACUCAAAACCUAGCUGAUGAUCUGCUUCAAAAAGUCUUUUAAUGUCACCUUUCUAAUAACGUAUGCGGUAUGUCAGACUUUUCAAGCUACUGCAUGUAGAAUUAAUGCCAGAAUGUUCUGCAUGGUUAUAGCUUCCAGUGCAUAAUAUAAAUUUAUUGUUUUAUAAUUCUUAACUGUGCUUUCCAUUAACAUAUAAUAGUGGCUGUCAGCAUUUCAAGUUGAUCUCCCAUUGUUUGGUCAUUUAUUAUUUGGAUGAAAUUUGCCUGCAUUUUUGCAUGAAGCCUUUUAAUAAAUUACUGACUACAUGUACCCCUUUCAGAUAGAGAUUUUUCCCCUUUAAUUUGUUUACACUUAAUGUGGGAGAAAACAACUCUUUGAAUAUUACAUCUUGAUUUGCAGUUUUGUCAGAUUGUUAACGAUGCAGUUAUUUAUAUCCAAUGUUUUUCUUUUCAUUUUCAGCGAGGAAACCUAAAAAAGGCCUUAAAUUACUCUCAGAAGAUGGUUGAAUUAGGUACUGUUUAUGGUCUAGCUGCAAACCUAAUGGCUUUUUUCUAUCUUCAUUAAAUACCUGGGGGUGGGGUUACUUCCUUAUAAGAGGCUGAAUGGGGAUGUGCUGCUGGAUGGGGUUGCAUUUUCACAACUGAACUGACUAUAAACAAUGGGAUCGCAUUUUCAAUAGAGUUUCUAGAUAUGGAAUCGCACAUGUUCGGAUUUUUGGGGGUAAGACAGUUCUUCAUAUUUACGGUUAGCAAACGUACCAGAAUGUUUGUACUGUAGAUGAAGUAAAGUGUUCUUCAUUCAAUCUAAAAAAUGGGUCAAUUCGUAAAAAUAUUUACAUGGGACUAAGUUGGGAUCACGAAAAUUACAUAUUUGCCCCAAAGUGACUAAGAUGUGGUCUAUAAUAUUACUGGCCACAGAAUAGACUAUUAUGGGGUAGGGGCUAUGAGAGGCCAGAAGCACACACCCAACAAAAAUUAACCCAAGUAUCCCCCCUGGGAUUAAAUAACUAGUUUCCUGUUUGAAAAGGAAGUUGCAGCCAUAGGUAGCCUUACCAAUAUACUUGUACAGUUGUAUGUGGAUGUAUAAAUUGAUAUAGGGAUCUUUUAAGAGGCUGAAAGAUUUUUUGGUCAGGAUGUCUUGCAUUGAUCUUGUGUUCUGUUUAGACCCAACACAUGAAAGAGCACAAGGCAAUGUAGCUUACUUUGGAGAAGAAAUAAAGAUGUACAAAGGGACAGGUCGCAGAGGUGAUACAGGAGUUAUCACAGAAACGAAAGUGAAACCAAGGAGUGAACGAACUAAUUUUCAUCGAAGUUCAUCUUUCCAAAAUUAUGAAAGGCUAUGUCGCGGAGAGGUCAGAAAUUUGGUGAGUGUUUGACUUACAGUGAAUCAAGCUAUAUAAUUUCCCUACUGCUGAGACAGUGUUGUUCAUUUUGUAAGGAACAACAAAAUGUUUGGUGAUGCCAGUGCAAAGGAUUAAUGCCAGGUCUACCUGUCAGAAAUUUCUAAAAGCACCUCUUAGUGGCCCCAGAAUCUUGCUUUCUGGGUGUGACUUAAAUUUAUUUUCACCCCCUAUGUAAUAUGUACAGCUGUACCAACUCAUUAACAACAAAUCAGUCUAUGAUAGCCUGCUAGUUGGCAGUAUGGUUAUUUUGGCAGAGGAGCUGCAGAGCCACUGUGCUUGGCUGUUAUAAUUGGUUUAAACUUGCAUGUAAUGCUAAAAGUGGGCGGCAUUCAUAAAAGUCAAGUUAUACAGAAGGUUUAAUUUUCUUGUGCCCUUCCGUGCUGGCCUCGCACACUUGCUGCUUUGCCACCAAAAUUCCCAGUCGAGCAAAGACAAUUCUGCCAGCUUUGCAGGCUAAAUGGUGACAGGUUUGUUGAGGGUUAGUACCUGGCCCUCCGUCUGGUUGGGGGCUAAGCGUGAGGCUAAUCACCCGUUAUGGUAAAACUACUUUCAAAUACUGAAACAGUAAAUAACUUAAUGGGAGAAAGAUGAUUUCCUGUCCUAUUCCACACUAAGAGAGUAGUGACCAGGGUUUUCGGUAACAUUUGGAAUUACCAGAUGCAGAGGAUUACAUGUAGCUACUGGACUUGCAUCGUUCGUGCCACAGGUAUGAACGUUGAGUGCCGAAGGAACUUUUUUGAAUUGGACCCUCUAAAAUGCAAUUUCCCUGCAAUUUGUUAACCGGAAAGGUCUUUUAAAGUGUUUAAAAAAAAAAACGCUCACAAAAAAUUGUAUGCAUUACAUAACUAUGUGAGUAAAAUAAGGGUCAAAUCUAUCUGAUUAAAAAAAAAAGGAUUUUCACACUUAAAAAAUAAAUAUUUUCUGUGAACUGCCAGAUGUUAAAUGUCAAACAACUGGACGUUGUGUCCGGUGUCCGGCCUCAAACGAAACCCCUGGUAGGGACUGAUGAUGAUAGAAAGAUACUAUGACCACCCCCACCAAUUUUUUGGGGGAAUUCUCCCUGACGCUAUUAUAGAUAGAGUGAAUGGCACAUCAUACAAAAAGAUUGAGGAGCUUGCUGAGCAAAGGCAGUACCUUCUUUCUCUGUAUUGGUCCAGCACGCUUGGUUACUUACAUUAUCCUGUUUUUUAAAGAUAAUAUUUUGUUAAAUAAAGAAUCAUAACUUACAUGUAUUAGUGAGAAGCGAUCAAUCCACGUUGCAGUAUGUAUAAAUUCAAGAAGCCAACAUGGCCUUGUUAGCCAGCGUGGCAGGAUUUUGAAGGCAGGUGCAUGACAAUACAAAGUGCCCCCUUCGCCUGUUAGCUCGCCCAAAUUGCCCCUUCCCUUUCCUCUUUGAAUGCCUACCACGCCGGGUAACGUGGCCAUACUCCAUUAGCUUGCUCCAGGCGUUCAGUUAGUGGAGAGCAGCACAAAAUACAAAGCAGUGGAAGAAAGAAAGAGGGAGGGAGAGAGAGGAGGGAACACCGUUCCUUCACUCCCUACCUCCACCCCCUUGCUGUUUUUCCUGCUCACUUUUCUUCGUGCUGUCCCUACUAUCUGAACACCUGGAACAGGCUAUACUCCAUAAAUUUUAAAUGCAAUUCUGUUCUUCAUUGUUUCCUUCCACUCAUGGGUUAAGAUGAACUCAACAAAAUUGGCCUGCUCCCAAUGUAUGGGUCUUCAUAGCUCAAUUGGUAGAGCACUGAAGCGCUAACGCAAAGGCCAUGGGUUUGAAUCCCGUUGAAGUCCCGAAAUUUUUUUUCGUAUUAAUUUGCAAUUACUUAAAUUGCAAUUUCCACUGCGACGAUCAUAUCUUCAUUUGAACUUUGUUCGUAUUAUCUAUUUUUGUUGUCAGACUAAAUGGGAGGAAAGUAAAAUGCUCUGUUGGUACUAUAAUGAUCCUCCCAGGCUGAAGAUCAGACCCGCCAAGAUUGAAAGAGUAUUUGUCAGACCUGAGAUUUUUCUAUUCCGUGGCAUUUUAUCAGAUGUGGAGAUGGAAGUAAUAAAGGAGCUGGCAGCCCCAAGGGUAAUGUACAGUUGUUGUUAACUUUAUAAAUUCAAUUCAAUAACACAUAGCUCUAUUGAAUGGAAUAUCUUGAUUACUGGCAGCGCCGUAGCUAGUAUGAUUUUUAUUUUACAUAAGCGAUCAUCGGAUAUUUUUAACGCAUCAUGAUAUUACAAAGAAUUCAGCAAUUCAGUCAAUAUACUACGAAAAAAUUACCAUAUCAUCGAUCUCAAGGGGCUACGUACGUUAACCCAAAUUUUUUUUGAACAAAUACUGAUCAAAACCAUUGGCAAGGUUAACGGUCACCCAGAUUAUGUAGCUUGUUUCUGAUUAUUGCUUUUUAAAUUCCACUUAAAUUAACUCGAAAAAAAGUUACCGAAAGGCCCAGAAAACGCUGCAAAUCGCAUUUCCGAGAGACUAAAGUUCAAAAUUUCUCGGGGGGGGGGGCAUGCCCCCGAACCCCCCUAGCAACUUCCGCCUGCCUCGGUUGGCCGUUUGGUCUGGCUACGGCACUGACUGAUACCUGGUAAUACCCUGAAUUAUAUUUUGGGUUUACUAUUUGUCAUAGCUGUAUAAGGCAUUGUUUUGGAUUCAAGGCUCCUGAAAAGUAUACAGCGGAACUUUGAUAUUAUGAAGUACCAACGCCCUAGAAAAAUCGUUCAUUACUCAGUAGCAGAUUGUUUAUUAUAUUGGGAUCCUACGCCAUUCAUCAUCGUUAUAAACUUUACCACAACUAGGGCUCAAAGGUCCUUCAUUAUGAUGGGAUGAUUGUUUUUAAGGGUCCAUUGUAAUUCCCUGCUCCAGAAGCUUGCUAAACGAUUAAAAAGUACGGACUUUUGCGGGGUAAAACAUUUCUACUUUAUCACAAGGUCCUCCUCAGUUACCUAUGACCGAAUCUUAGAACAGCCACGUGAUUGUCCGAAAAGUUGUCGUGGCUGCGGAAGUUGUUGUGGGGACUUUUUUCACAUCAUAAUUGACAAAGUCCCUUCGAUUUUUAAUUACAUAACCAUCGCUCCAUAGCUCUUAAGAGUGUGUAUUUACAGAGAACAUUCAGUUAUUCUUUUUUUAAAAUUCCGACUGAAGCGAUUGAGAAAUUUGUGCUACUGUUGUGGAGGAAAUAGAUUUUGUUGCGACCUACAAAUGGAAAUGAAUUCGUUUUUAGUGUUUUUGGGAAAUGGUACAAGAAAAUACUUAAUAGAGUUCACACAUUUUGGUGGCUAGCAACUCUUGAACGUAGAACCACAAUUGCAACCAAAAGUUGAGUUUCACUAGUUUUACUUAAUUGACUGGUAAAAUUAUUCGGAUUUAUCACUAACAUUGUGACAGUGUGAUGUUACACAGAAGUUUUCUAUGUUGGUCACUCUUUUGGCUUAUCCAGUGUCGUACACAUUCUUUUUUUAUGUCGUCACGCAACGUCUCUCCUAGCGAUGUGUUGCAUGACGACGCAAAGAAGGGUUGCGUAGCCGGAAUUUGGCUAUGAUUUGGACGUCACGUAACGCUCCUUCCAAAACCAGCAGCCUUGUGUGAAAAGCCUGUGAGUCUUGGAAGACUGUCUUUUGCCCUAACCUCCCAGUUCGAAAAGAAGUCAAGAUUAAAACCAUGGAAAAUUCCCCAACUUCAUGGACACCCCUAAGACAACUGCUCAUGACUGCGACUAGCUUUCAUUAAAAAUGGGUACAUUAAGGAUUUUCGCCUCAUACUCGAAAAGUUAGAACAACCUUGCACAGCACUACUUUGUCAAAAGCGUCGCAAAAUAAAGUUUCAUCUACAUGAGGAUUUCACCCGCAGAUUCAAAGGUUACAACUCUUUUGUCCCCUAUGAAAUUGCAUCUCUUAUCUUGACAAAAUAUAAUAGCCAGAAUUUCAGCCGUCUCCUCGAGUCGCAAACUCACGAGAUAAACCUCCCUCGGGAGCCUGCGUUUGCGCCUAAAAGAUACGGCUGAAAUGCAGCCUACAAAAAUCGAGGAUCCGAAAAGUCUCUAAAUCCUUCAUGGUUUCUGAGUGCCACAUUGAUAUGUGAAACGUUAAAUACAUCCUUAAAAAGUUGUUGGCAAUGGUGGUGCCCCUUUAUUUAAAAAAAAUGAAUGUUGCCAGGGCAGCGGUGGGCGUGAAAAGGGUAUGAGGUUCGCUCCCUCGCCUCAGAAUUCAACGACUACUCUAUUAGGCUAAUUGGAAACUGAUCUCAUGUCAGACCCUUCACUGGGUCAAUAACGGUUAUUUGUUGGCCUUAUCUCAAUCAGCUUCGCCGUGCUACAGUGAGAAGUCCAGUAACUGGUGAACUUGAACAUGCUAGAUACAGAGUUAGCAAAAGGUAUUAUGCAUCUCUUGUAAUAUUAAAGUUCCUACGAAGUGAUUUUUUUGGCAGUUUUUUGUAUCUUGCAAUUGUUGCACACCGAUUUGCCGAAAGUAGUUUGCUGGAGAAAUCUAUAACGCAAUGUAAUUUUGGCAGUUCACAGUGGACAAAGUUAUUAAAAUAGUGUCGUGCAAUUGGAGACUGAAUUUCUAAUUUACCAUAAAAAUCGCUGACAACCUGUUGUCCGCCAUGAGCCUUACUCCGCUUUCCUCCAAUGAAAUCAUCAAAGACCCUUGGGGAUCGUCCUUUUAUGUUCGCUGCCCAAAACUGUUGCGGAACAACCUACCCCAGGACAUAAGGACAACCACAAGUCUAUCAUGUUUUAAAAUUAAACUGAAAACGUUUUUAUUUUCCCAAGUUUUUUCAUGGCAAGGUUCUUAAUUUUUAAUUGGAUUUACUUAUACAAUUAAUAUUUUUUAAACUUCUGUAAAUGCAAUUGGGCAUUCAUAUGAAAAUUGCGCUAUAAUGAUUUAACUAACAAAGCUCAGCAAAUCUCGUUUUGGCCGAACGCGAGAAAUGUUCACUUUCUGACUCUACCGUUGGCGAGAUAAUAACAGGGUUUUAAAAAAUGUCCUACGUAUUAGUAAAAUACUUCAUAGGCAUUCCAAACCAUUCAUGCGAUUCAAAGGUACAUGCAUCUUGAUUCAUAGAAUUUUAAUUUCAUGAUCGUGAUUAUCGACAUACUCUGGCGCAUGACACCUUGACCUUAUACUUUCUCAGCGUCGCUUCUUGGGGAUUCUUUCAUCAAUUCACAACUUCAGAACUGUCAUUUAGUUGUCGAUUAAACGUUUGUUAUCCGCUGCAAAAUUUAUUGCCUUAAAUCCCUGGUUAAUUGUAGUUUAAUCUCAGCCCCAACGUCUGCUUGUGACAUUCAAAAUGUCUGUACCUAGAUACCCAAACGAAGCUUGUAACUAAAUUACUGCCAAGCCAGAAUGUUCUUAAUAGGUAAUCUUUAAAGCUGCAUAGUUUAAGAGAUCAUUGAAGGAAUCACAACUGUUAAUUACAACAUUGAGAUUAUCCUGCUUAGUGCAGAACUAAUUUGAAGUUAUUAUUUACAACAUGAUAGUUCUAAAUUAAUUAAGGAUAGGAAACUUUUUUCAGCGACAGUUAAGGUGAUGUUAGUGCUGUACAGGGUGGUUCUAACUUGAAAACUUAAUUAAGCGGAAAUCCAGGGACCUUCGCAGGUGUCCGCUUAAUGAAGUAUCCGCUGAAUACACCUGAAUUGCAUUAUGGGACUUUCGAUAUAUUAAAUUCUAACAUGACUCCGAGGCUUUAGGGACAAAGUUGCAAAGUUUCUACUACUCUAUUAUCUCGCAAUCCCCAGAAGAGACUUGACAACAAAGAAAACCAAACCAAAAAUAGAAAAAUUACCAGAAAGCCUCGGAGUCACGUUAGAAAUUUCAUAUACCGAACGUGGGCUAUUGGCUUUUACGUAGAUGCGCUGGAAACUGGAUCAGAGUUCGUCCCUCAAAACAGUCCCAAUUUGACUGAACACCGAUCCAGUCUUGAGGGAAACCUUAAAAAAGCAGUUAAGACCGUUAUUUGUAAGCUCUUUUUUGUACAAAAGUGUCGUGUGGUUGCCACAUAAAACGUUAAAAGCGACCCAUAAAUUUUGCGCCGUUUUGUUUUUUAUCUCGUGUGAAAUUAUGUAGUUUGCCCGUGCUACAAUAAUUCUUGACGAUGGAGCAGUAGAGGAAGCUGAAUAUAGAGUCAGUAAAAGGUUUGUGAACAGUGCACUAUAAAGUGGAUUGGCAGAUUAUGUUAAACACAAACUUAUCAUGCUACCACAAUUUCAUGUUUCCACACAGAAUUUUUAUUGUCGUACAGAGCAAAUGAUUUUAUCAAAAGUCCAGUUAAGCAAGCCGUUUGUGUGAAUGCACAUUUUUACGGAAGUAUUAUAUCACCGAACCAUUUUAUCUAUAUAAUGGUCUGUUAGCCCUUAAGUUCAUCCUGACUUGCGUAUGAUUUUUAGAUCCUAGAUCCUAAAUUUCGUCUCUGUGUCUUGCUCCGUAGAUGGCGUUUUCGUUCCCGUGCAAAACUGUUCGCCGUCUUUCCCAAAAGUUUUGAUUAUACUAUUUCUCUUUACUUAGCGGAGAAGCAGGUAAUAAUACAGUCGAGUAAUGAGGUAGUUUUAGAAAAUGUAGCGUAACGGAAAUUGUGUUAUGGUAUGUGGCUUUUUUAAAGGCAACGAGGUUUCUCCGGAGUCAAAUAUUUCUAUAGACACAAGGCACAUUGUUCAACAGAUAUGUGUUGCUCGACGAUCAUUUGGUUUUAUUUUAUUAAUUUUUAUCCAUGAAUUUCUGGAAUACACAUUUAAAAUAAAAGUCGGUAGGGGAAAAAGGAAAGAAAGAAAAAGGACAUACUAAGACGUACCAAAACGCCAAAAGCUGCCAAACGCACUAAAAACCGUAUACAGUAUCUUAGUAUUAACAUUCCUUUACCGAACCAAUCACAAUGCGCGAACAAAUUCAAACGAGCCAAUCGGAUCUGGCAAUGAAUACAUGCAGCCGACUAUAAGCGCGGGAAAACGUAGGUGAUUUGGUGACAUUGGGUUUAGCUUGACUAGAGACACUUUCUGGAGGUAGUAUUAUUUAACAUUUGAGCCCCAAUAGUGAUCAACAUGUAACUUCUCGUAAUAUCACUUUAAAAAAUCGUAAGGAAUGAAAAGACUGUUGUUUUGCCUUUUUAUCUUCAGUUGUUUUCUGUAUUUCAGAGCACGGGAUUCAUAUACAAAACACGUGAAUUUCAAAUGUAUAUCAGUUCAUAAUUUAUUAAAAGCGGAAAGAGUCAUUCAAAAGCCUAUUUUAAUCUGCCUUAAACCAAUGAUAAGGAGUUGUACUUGUUCCACGGCGCGCGAAUGUCGCGCUCCCCCGGCCCGCCUCGCACUUGCUAUCGCUCGCCUGAAAAACGCGAAAAAAUAAGCCUGUUUUCGGGUCUUCAUCUUGACUUAUGCAUAGCAUAAAGUGCUAGAUAGUGUGUUACAGGCUAAGUCGCGUUUGUCUGGGAGAAUUCAAGAUUGUUGGAUGAGGUGGAUGAAAUCAUAAAGAAACGAAAUAUCAGUCGGAACUGGAUUCUUAAACUGAAUGUUGGCUGAAACCCGGAGAGAAUCAUUUGGGUACAUACUCCAAGCCUGGAUAAUCGCUUGCCAGAUGUACUUUUUAGGGAUCCUUUACCACCCAGCCCCCAAAAUGAACAUACAAAAAAACGGCUGAAACAUAGAUCCUAAGAAUCCAGAUAUAAUGUAGACUUGAUUUAGUGAAUCCACUCAGAAUGUUGCUUCAUGACCUGUAGAUUCUUAAUAGCCCAUUUCCGGAUUUGAAUAACCAAAUGCAAAAUCGGUGUUUUUGGAUAAUUCAUCUCAAAUGUCGAUGUGUCUUACUCAUACUCAUGUUAUUCACUGACGUUUCCAAACAGCUCCGCCGUGCAACCAUACAACACCCUGUGACGGGAAAACUUGAAUACGCUGCCUACCGCAUUAGCAAAAGGUUGGUUAUCAGCCCCAAGGUCCAACCCUAUUAUACAUCAUUUUUGUCAGAAAAAGGUACCCCUUUCGUGCACUCCACGGAAAUAUGAUAACCCUUUCGUCUUGACAUUUUAUGUAGUAACGUUAAGAAAGUGAUACAACCAUAUUUUAGUUAAAGGCCCUUUUAAAUACCUAAAUUACCAAUUUCCUUGCCCUUUCAUAUACCUUAACUUAAGAAAUCCCUACCCUUGGCCUUUUGUAUACUCAAAGCGGGAAAAAGGUAUCCCUAGGAAGUACAUGUAUCCCCCUGGGUUUGAGCCUCCCCGUAUAAAAAGUUGCCAAGUAGCCCCACUCGGGGUUAUCAAUGCGAAUAUUAUGCUCGUAAAUAUAAGCUGACCAUAUACUAAACUUGUUUGAUUGUUUGAUCAACUGAUUGAUUGUUGAUUGAAAGAACGAAUGAGCGAGCAAUUAAUGAAUGGAUAAGAUGUUGUAAAGCCCAGCGUUGCUUUUAUUCUAAAUUCUUAGGGUCGACGAUGACCAAAAGGCUAACAUCUCUUUUUAUUUUUCACCUUAGUAAUAAUGAUUAUAAUUAUAUCAAGACGUUAAACUUAAAGAUGAAUAAACGUUGUAAUGAAUGAAUAAGGACGAGGAAAUGAAAACCGAUGUUUUAAAAUAUUAAUCAAAAUAGCAAUAACUGAACCUUAACCUAGGGUAAAUUGAAGUUUGUCGAAGUGAAAAGUGUGUGUGUGUUUUUUUCUUAAUUCUCGCAUAAAAGAACUUGCAUGAAACUAACGUUAUAAUAAUGCUUUUGCAGAGAUUUUGCACUACCGCCUAUGUGAUGUGUUCAAUCAUCUUCUUUUUAGGGAAAAUUUGUAUUGUUUGUGACACAGAAAAGUGAAUUUUUUUCAAGAAAACAGCAGACACUUAAAUCUUCCUUUUUUUUAUCCAAAAAUAAAACUUGAGAUGUUGUUGGAAUACAAAAAAACCGUAUAUGUGCUUAGAUUUCCUCAUUGGAUGCCUCUAUCUAACCUAGCUUCAACAGCUAAUCGACUGCUAAUCAUCAUAAGUAUGCUUCACGCAAAGUAGAGAGAACUAGGGUGCUGAACUAAUGAAACUUAAGGGCUAACCAUAACCUUUAUUGUGAACUAAUAGCUUUACUUCAUACUGUCCUUCUUUGUUCUGUGUGAUUGUCAGAUGACGUGCUAGGUUUCGACAGCCGGGGCCAUCUUGGGUUGUUUAGAAGUGUCAAGCUACCUUCCAGGGAGGGCUAGAAGGGAGGCAAAAUAAUCCACAGUACACCCCUCAGUAGCUUGAUAACCUCUGGGCCAGCUGAUAAACAAGAAGCGUGCGAAGCAAGCGUUUCCGCGCGAGUUUGUCGAGAAAGUAAUUACUCGAUCGGAAACGAUUGCUACGCACACUGCUAAACAAGCGGGAAACAGAAAACUGGAGGACUUGACAUAGUCUGAGUAACUGCUAAUGCUUAACGCCUUAAGCCAGCUUACGUCUUAACUGAAUUUUGAGUUCAUUCUGUUCAAUGAUGCUCUCGGUACUUAAUACCGUAAAAUUCCGAAAAUAAGGGCCCUUUUUGAGGGGCUUAUAUUCGGAGGGGCUUAUGUAUGGAGGGACGUUUGCGUUUCAAAAUCGAUUUGGCUAGCUUAUAGUUGGGAGGGAAUUUACCGUUUUUGCUUUGUUUUACUUUGUAUUUGAGGGCAAUUUUCCAACUACAAGCCCCCGGGGGGCUUAUAUUUGGAGGGGUGAUUUCGCGGAGGGCUUUUUGUGUUACGAGUUUGGAGGGGCUUAUAAUCGGAGGGGCUUAUACAUGGAGGUGCUUAUUUUCGGAAUUUUACGGUACAUACUAAAUUUAGCAAUUUGUCGGUUAUCUUCCGUUGAAAGGAAUAUGUUUUAAUGUUUUUAACUGGAAAUCAAACUUUGACCUUGACAAGUGAAUGACAGUUCUGCGUACAUCUCUGUUUUUUUUUGCAUUUGAUAUUUUAUUUUCCAUACUUACGUGAUCAGCAAUUCGUUCACUUUCUGUUGAAAUCUCUUUCUUUUUUAACUUGUUUCAGUUUUUCUUUUUUAAUGUAGUUAAUAUGCUUCUACCCUUAAAAAACAUGUUUACUUAUUUACCUCCUACCGCAUUUUCUUAUUUUAUUAUGCUAAGUUUAUUUUUUGGCCAAUUUGUGUCUUUUACUUUUGCAAGUGGCUGGUUAAAGGACACUGAUCAUGAAUUGAUCAGACGAGUAAGUCGGCGUUUUGAAGACGUGACUGGUCUAACUAUGGACACUGCAGAGGAACUACAGGUAUAGGAUCAUGAAAUUAUUAGAAAGUGGUGAAUAUAUGAAUCUCGUAUAUUUCUACCGCGGAAUGAAGAAGUAAAUGUAGAGACGAUCCUCACAGUUAAAGAUGCAACUUAUGUAUUUAUGAAAAGAAAGCUUGAAAAAAAUAGUAAUCACUCUUUUGUCUUCCCUCCUCACGCGGCAGACAAAGCCUUCAGUCCGCGAAUUUUAUCCACGUGAUCUGUCUCCAUGUUUUAUCUUUAGCUGGUCAACGUAAAAAUUGAGCAGAAGCUAAGGAUUAUCCUACAUUCUUGGAGGGGUUCCUCGUGGAAGCGCUACGCCCUCACGUAAUCCCACUAACUGAAUCUCAGUUUACACGAUCAGCGGAGGCCUAUAACGCCUGUUCACCUCGUGCCUUCGCUUUCUCCGCCCGAACAAAAGCACCUUUGACUGAAACAAAUCUCUCCCAUGUCAAAUCUUAGUAUCUGCGUCGACUACAAAGGUCGACCGAUUAUUUUGUGAAGAUGUUUAAAGAACAGCAUGUUCUGUUGAAAGAAAACUUGUGAUGUACUUCUUUUUCCACUUAUAGAUUGUAAAUUAUGGCAUAGCUGGGCACUAUGAACCGCAUUUUGACCAUGCAAGAGUAAGUAUUACUUUAAAAGUCUUUCUGUGACGGCUUUCCUGUCGUCAACUGGAGUUCACAUUCUGUUGCUAAAUCAGCCCACUGAAACUAAUUACUUCUAAUCCUUCCACUCUGACACCUUUAAGUGGCCAAAUAAAACAUUUACGAAAAAAAAAUCGUGUUUCUUUGUGUAGAAUCCUAAGAAAUAAACUUUACCAUGCAAAGUUCUUCCAAAGCGGUUUUUUGUGAAUUGUAACACCUAAGGAAUUUGCCCACGGAUUUCAAAGUAACAGUGACAAAUGUUCUCGCCGUACCUUGAUCUCAGAGUGAGAGGAUUAAGACAGGUGCUCAUAUAACAAGUUUGGUAGUUCCAAUUUUUCCUUCUUAAAAUACUUCUCUAGUUUAAAAAAAUAAUAAAAUAAAAAAUAGGUGAUGAACGACAAAUUUAAACUGAACCUACAAUUAUUUUGUAUGAGAUAAUUCUAACUGUGAAGUGGCUGGAGGUAAUGCGAAAUUGAAACCAUUCAAGUGAACACUACUUAGCAGUAAUUUCCUGUAGUACUGUUUAUAAUGCUGUAAAAGGUGUCUCUAACGUAGUUUUUAAGCCACUAGGUAGUACUUUCCUGUGGUACCGUUUAUUACGGUGCACAAGGUGAUUCUUAACUUUUGAUUCUGGGGACGAAAUCCUAAAUUCUAAGCAUUUGAAUAAAAGCUACUGAGUAGUACUUUAGGGUGGCUAAAAAGAAGUAACCAUUCAGGGGAAAGCUACUGGGCGGCACUUGCCUAUGGCAGAGUUGAGUAGUCUGUUGUACAAGGUGUUUUUAACCUUCCAAAUAUGCGGUCUUUUUUGCGUUUAUGCAUUUAUGUUUUUUCUCUCUUCACAGGAACAUGAAGACAAGUUUUCAUCGCUUGGUACGGGCAACAGAAUUGCUACAGUCCUCGCUUAUGUAAGUCAUUAUUUAAAGAUUCAUACUUCUUUGUUAAUAUAAUGCAUUUGAGAAAGAUGUUUUUUCAGUCAGUGACCAAGGCGUGUCGAAGGGAAAAAAUGACUCUCUAGUAACCAUGGUAACUAGUCCAGAUGCUCUACCACUGAGCUACAGAGACCCUUGGGUUUGGAUAACAGUCUCGAAUUCUCCCAACCCCUCUCCUGUUUCUAUCAGGCUAUGCAAACACGGAAAAGGUUUUCUAUUAAACAUCUUUUAUAAAUUAAGUUUCCCAAGAAAAAACGCAAAACUCUUGGUUAUGGCACUGAUUAAAAGAGAAAUUCUCACCAGUCGCGAAUUCUUGUACGCGUAGUCAGUUCUUGUUUUGCAAAAAAUAUGCUUUUCAAAUUUUGAAUUUUUCUCGCUUAAAAUGUCAGCUUACGCGAAAAAAAUUGACACCUUAUGUUUGUAAAGAUUUUUCAAGUUUCACCCGACGAGGUAAUGGGUAUAUAUAGUAAACUUGCCGAGUUUUCAAUUCAAAAACUUUUUCAAAUUCGUGCUUUCGUGAUUAGCGCGCGAAAAGCAAAACAUCUUAACGUUACAAGCAUGUUUACAUGCUUUCAGGCCAAUUAGGUAUUUUAGAAAACUGAUUUAGUGCGCUUUGUUAUUCUAGAUGUCUGAUGUUGAGGCAGGCGGUGGAACAGUGUUUACGCAAGUUGGUACAACGUUAUUUCCAAGCAAGGUAAGGUGAAACGCUAGGAAGGUAUAACUUUUGGAAAACGUACUAUUCCAGCAGUUUGCAUCAGUCAUGUAACUCUCAAAAGUGAGCUAAAUCCUCGGAACGGUGAAGAAAUUGAGCUACGCCCAUUUCAAGCUCUUGGCCGAGUAGUUCUUUGUUUGUUAGGGUCAUCACUAUGAGAUGUGAUCGUUUGACGGUUGCCGAGUCCCAAAAGUCUUCAUACCCAAAGCUGAUACCCUGUCUCUUGAAAUGUUUAAAAGUGGUUAUAGGUCACGCCACAGGAUUUUGUUCUUUCGAUGCUCAAGCUACUGCUCAAAUACUAUCAGGUACACGGCAAACCUCGGCCAUCCAGUAAACCGCCAACCAGAACUUUGCUCUCGAAACUCGAGACACGAUACUCGAGUUUGAGAAUCAAGACGCGAGUGAUUGUCAAGCGGUACUUUGAGUCGGCACCAAGCGGGGGAAACGCGCUCGAUACGAAAGGAAUGGCUUUGGGCCCACUCCUGAUUGGUUGCGAAAGUUGCGCGAGAUUUUUUAGCCAAUCGUAAUCCAGUCAAACUAAAUCAUAUUAAUUCGGAAACCACUCUUGUAGGGAGACGCUGCUUUCUGGUGGAACCUGAAACGCAGCGGGAUCGGAGAUGCCAGCACUAGACAUGCUGGGUGCCCUGUGUUGGUAGGCCAAAAAUGGGGUAAGCGCACACUUCCAAUAAUAUCAAAUUUGGGCAUGCGCAAUUAUCCGUAAUGACUAAUACUCUAGAAAGUACUGAGUUGUUAGUUUACAUUUUGCAACACAUCAACAGAAUCAAAAGUUAGAACCAUCUUAUACAGCAUAAUAAACCGUUCAUCAUCAAAGAGAAAUGCUCCGUAGCUUUCAUUUGAAUAGCCACGGCACACUUUAGGAUUUUAUCCACAGGCUUAAAAAAAUGAAACAACCAUUCCCUCAUAUGAUUUAAAAUUGAGAACUGAAAAAUGCACCUCUACGUGUUAGUCAACUUUUCCCUCGUGAUUUCAUAUUUUUCUACCGUUACUUAUAUCACGAGAAGAUGCGUCCCAAACCCGAUGCAAUAACAACGGUACAUUUUUUAAUGCGAGUAAAUUGUUGCCAGAUUAACUAACACCCAUAGUUUAUUCCUUGAUAUUUUUUGCUGUAUUAAAUACUUGAUAUUUUCGUAUUUUUAGUGGCGAACAAGUGGAUCCACGAGCGAGGGCAAGAAUUCAGACGGCCGUGUGCCCUGUCUCGCCAUGAGUGAAACCGCUGGUCAGGGAAGCGCUCGGGUUCAAUAAAAGAGUUAAAAUAAAGUAAUAUAACCAAACGCUUGAGACCUUUUCUGUAUUUCUGCGAACAAAUUCACCAACUUGAGGCUUGGUAUGACAAAAUCAUGAUACAAUGAUUUGUAUGAAACUGUCACCCAGGUCUCGUCCUCGUUUCGGUGAAUGCACUCACUUGAGCGGACUGCCGGAAGGUCUGUUGUGUAGGAUUUAACCAUUUAGGUGUUAAGGUACGUUAAAAAACGGGCAACACAAACGUGCAACUUGUUUUGCAACAAUGCUGCAAGAGUAGUCGAAUCAGCGAUAUAGCGCGUUUUACCACCCAUGAAUCAAACCUGUCUUCUAACAAAUCAGAUUGUUGCAGGUUCGAAAUGUUGUUGCAGAAAGCACAGAGAAGUUCUCCGUUUUACUGGCCCAAGGCAAACUUGUUUAGCAGCAACUGAAGUAGCUCCUAUGUAUUGCGUGACUCCCGCGUAUUUUUAUCCAAUCAGAAGUUAGUAUUCUCGCUACUUGCAGCAGCCUGAUUUGUUACAAGCCAGGUUUGAACGUUGGUGGUAAAACGCACAACAUCGCUUUUUUAAUUCGUUUUUCAGCAAUGUUGCAAAACAAGUUGCAAGUUUUUGCUGCCCGGUUUGCCGUACCUUUAGACGUUUUGUUAGUAGGUUUCUAAUACUUCGUCUAUAGGGAGUCUGAAAGCUAUGAAUUGUCUGCUAAAAAUGUAAGAAAUCGUCAUAUUAUCAGAUCAACAAUACUGAGAGAGUUUCUAUGUUUUGUGAUCUUUGUAUCUGGCAGUACUAGAAUUUCCUUUAAUGGAAAUAAAUUUUAUAUCUUGC